AUGCUCAAUAGAUAUUCUGAGAGCCACCAUAAAAGGAGGAAAAGGCUUAAUUAUUAUAGUCCAUCAUAUUCGAGUAUUUCGACUUUCAGCUUUUCUCAUGGGCCUACAGUCUUUAAUUCUCGGAGAAAUACAGAUUGCAACUCACAUUUCACCGGUACGGUAAAGAUGCCACGCAAUGAUGUCGUCUCUUCUAAAAAUACUGAAAACUCGUGUGAAAGCGAAAGAGGGCUUUUAGAUGAUAUAAGAGAUGUGCUCUCAAAUUCCAGCAAGCUGAUUUUCAAAUGGGUACGUAGUUCUAAGGAUAACAACAAUGCGCAAAGUGCUGCCGCAUCAAAAGACUCGCAUCCCAACGUUCAUGAAAAAAGGCCGGGUACAGGAAGUCUUUUAGUACCGAAUAAGCGUAAACAUCUCUCUCUAUCCAACGAAGAAUUGUUUCUUCACAGCACUCCUCAAAAAGCUGUCUUUGGUGACGGAACAGCUGAAUUGAAUGAGAAGCUGGAAAAAGCCUUCACCCCUGCAAAGGAAAGCGAUAUUACAUUUUCUUCCAAAAAGGAUCCUUUUAAUUGGGACAAGGUACAAGAAGAGCAAGCAAACCCGUCAGGACACUUCCAAUAUGGAAGUAAGUUUUUUCGGCGAAGAAACAUAGAGAGACAGACCGCAAAAGGUGCAAGUAACUCAUCCUAUUAUGAACCCAAUGACGAAAUUUCGUACUUGAGAAUGGUUUUUAAUGGUGAGUAUCGGGCACCAAAGAUGAUUGAGGAAGAAAAAGAUAGACAAAUAAAACUUCUCGAAGAAGAUAGGAUACGAAAAUCUGACAAGAGUAAAAACCCAAUAACCCAAUUGACAGAAAGGAUUAAAGCUGUUUUGAUUGAGAAUAAAAAUGUACCUACAAAUGAUGACUUGAUUAUUGUGAGGGAACAAAAAGCCAAAUCUCCCGCCAAGUAUCAGAGAAAUAACUUUAAUGAACAAAAAUUAAAAUUCGACACCAGCCUUCUAACUUUUGAAGAGGAAUUCAAAAGCUACAGGAGGUUACUCGAGGAAAGGAAAAAGGUUCAGGAAGCUGUUAGACAGAAACAACAAAAAAAACUUCUACCUGAGCUUUCCGUUGAAGAUCUUGAGGCAUUCAAGAAGACAUUGAACAGAUCAGACAAUAAUGUCCUUUUCAAUAGUAAUAACAUCGAACUCAAAGUCCAUGAUUUCAAGACCUUGGGUCCAAAAAGAUGGUUGAACGACACAGUAAUUGAAUUUUUCAUGAAAUAUAUUGAGUCCCAUACGCCAAAGACGGCCGCGUUCAAUUCAUAUUUUUACACUACUCUUUCUGAAAGGGGUUAUCAAGGCGUUCGCAGGUGGAUGAAAAGGAAGAAAGUUCGUAUUCAAGACUUAGACAUGGUGUUUGUUCCCAUCAACUUGAAUCAAUCGCAUUGGGCACUAGGCGUCAUUGAUAUUGGUGAGAUGAAAAUUCUUUACGUAGAUUCGCUCUCCAGUGGUGCUAAUUCUAUGAGCUUUGCCAUUAUGAAGGAUCUUCAGAAUUAUUUGAUGGAGGAAAGCCAAGGAAAAUUAGGUGAAAAUUUUGAGUUGUGCCAUUUAGACUGCCCGCAGCAGCCAAAUGGCUUCGAUUGUGGCAUAUAUGUCUGCAUGAACGCACUAUAUUUAAGCAGAAAGGCAGGAUUGGAAUUUGAUUACAAUAGCGUAAGGAAAAUGCGCCCUUAUAUUGGAAAUCUGAUCCUUUCCGGUAAGUAG